UGCGAGGCCAGGAGGCGGGCGGGCCGACUCCUGGCACAUCUGCGCCCCGCGACCCCCGCGCCCGCGGGCACCAUGAGCGGCCGAGUCGGGGACUUGAGCCCCCAGCAGCAGGAGGCGCUGGCCAGGUUCCGGGACAACCUCCAGGACCUGCUGCCCGCCCUGCCCAAUGCUGAUGAGUACUUCCUCCUGCGCUGGCUCCGAGCUCAGAAAUUUGACCUGCAGAAAUCUGAGGACAUGCUCCGGAAGGUGAGGCAUCAUUCUCAGGAGUGUCCUGCCUCCCACACAUUGUACCCCAGGGAUCAGUGACAAAGACACAUGGAGUUCCGGAAGCAACAGGACCUGGACAACAUCCUCUCGUGGCAACCCUCAGAGGUGAUCCAGCUGUACGACUCCGGUGGUCUGAGCGGCUAUGACUAUGAAGACUGCCCCGUGUGGUUCGACAUCAUUGGGACCCUUGACCCCAAGGGUCUUCUCCUGUCAGCCUCCAAGCAGGAGCUGAUCCGGAAGCGCAUCAGGGUCUGUGAGCUGCUUUUGCGGGAGUGUGAGCUGCAGAGUCAGAAGCUGGGCAGGAAGAUUGAGACGGUGUUGAUGGUGUUUGACAUGGAGGGGCUCAGCCUGAAACACCUGUGGAAGCCAGCUGUUGAGGUCUACCAGCAGUUUUUUGCCAUCCUGGAAGCAAAUUAUCCUGAGACGCUGAAGAAUUUAAUUGUCAUUCGAGCCCCCAAGCUGUUCCCCGUGGCCUUUAACUUGGUCAAGUUGUUCAUGAGUGAGGAAACGCAAAGGAAGAUAGUGAUUCUCGGAGGCAACUGGAAGCAGGAGCUGCCCAAGUUCAUCAGCCCUGACCAGCUGCCUGUGGAGUUUGGGGGGACCAUGACUGACCCCGAUGGCAACCCCAAGUGCCUGACCAAGAUCAAAUACGGGGGCAAUGUGCCCAAGAGCUACUACCUGCGCAACCAGGUGAGGAUGAAUUAUGAGCACACGGUGACUGUGGCCCGAGGCUCCUUCAUGCAGGUGGAAAACGAAAUCCUGUUCCCAGGCUGUGUGCUCAGCUGGCAGUUCGCAUCAGAAGGGGCAGACAUCGGCUUCGGGGUUUUCCUGAAGACCAAGAUGAGCGAGAGGCAGCGAGCAGGGGAGAUGGUGGAGGUGCUACCCAUCCAGCGCUACAAAGCCCAUGUGGUCCCUGAGGACGGGAGCCUCACCUGCCUCAAGGCCGGCGUCUAUGUCCUGCGCUUCGACAACACCUAUAGCCUGAUGCACACCAAGAAGGUCAGCUACACUGUGGAGGUGCUGCUCCCAGACAAGGCCUCCGAAGAAAAGAUUCAAGGUUUCGAGGCGAGGAGACCAUCCCCAGUGCAGUGAAGACCCUGGCUGCCUCUGUGCCUGGACUCUUCAAGCCCUUAGCAGUCCCCUCCUUAUCCCCUGCCCUCCCACGUGGGGUGGUGUUUGGAGGAGCCAACCACCCUGUAUCACCAUCUCAGCUCCUUGUGGGGCCCACCAGGCACGGGGGCAGAGCAGGAGGGGGACAUCCAGGGCAUGGCCACCCUGAGGAUUCAGACAGACACCUGAUCCCCUGUUUGCAGAGACUGAGGUUGAGCCAGGGUCCACCGAAGAGGUGUCCCGCCCGCAGAAGCUUCUGUCACACCUGACAAAGUCCACCAGUCUCAGUACUCACCCACACCUAGUGAUCUGGUCUGGGGGUGUGUGCAUGAGCCCCAGGCCAUGCAGGGAGCAUAGAGUCAAGUCUGAAGAGCAGAGAAGGCCCCAUCUCUGCACGUGGGGGCUCAGCAGGGGUGGACAGGGCCAGCUGGAAGUGGCCGGGCGGAAGGAUGGGGCCAGUUGGGUGGUAGAACUGAGGGUCUUGGUUCUGGGAGGGCACCAGGGCCCUUUGGACCUGCUCUCCUGCCUUUGGAGGGAAGAUCAGAAACGGAGCAUGAGGCCCAGCAGGGAUAACCUUCAGGAGGAAAAGCCAUGCUCAGUCACACAGAGCUACAUGGGUGAAGACCGAGUCUCGGAAUUCUCAGCGACCCCAGCCUCCCCCUCCCCACCUGCCGUGAUCCAGCUGACAUUCAGCUUGGGUUCUUUCUGACUCUGAGUAAGGACCAGGACUGUAGCAGAGCUGGAGUGAAGUGGAACAUG